AUGGUGCGGGCUUGCUGGGCCUGGGGCCGGACGGGCGUGGAACGCGGGCUCGAGCGCGGCCGGGACGGGCGCAAGCGGGACGCGCGGGAGAUGAUUCCCGGCAGAAUCACGAGGGUGCUGCUUAUUCUGGCCAUCACCUUGCCAGGGACUCUUGGAGCAGAAGAGGCCCCUGGUCGGCCUUCCAUGGCUCGAUGCAGUGUCUUUGGGCUGGACUUCAUCAGCACCUUUGAUGACAGCAUGUACAGCUUCGCAGGAGACUGCAGUUACCUCCUGGCUGGGGACUGCCGGAAGCACUCCUUUUCUCUUUUUGGGGACUUCCAAAAUGGCCAGAGAGUGAGUCUCUCCGUGUACCUGGGUGAAUUUUUUGACCUUCGUUUAUUUGUCAAUGGAACCAUCCUGCAGGGUGACCAAAUUGUCUCCAUGCCCUACGCCUCCAAAGGGCUGUACGUGGAAAGGGAGGCUGGCUACUACAAGCUGGCCAGCGAGGCCUACGGCUUUGCGGCCAGAAUCGACGGCAACGGCCAGUUCCAGGUGCUGCUGUCUGACCGACACUUCAACGCGACCUGCGGGCUGUGUGGCAACUUCAACACGUUUGCCGAGGAUGACUUCAGGACUCAAGAGGGGACCCUGACCUCAGACCCGUAUGACUUUGCCAACUCCUGGGCCAUGAGCAGUGGAGAACGGUGCAAACGGACAUCCCCUCCCCGUGGCCCCUGCAACGUCUCCUCUGAGGAAGUGCAAAAGGACCUGUGGGAGAGGUGCCAGCUGCUGAAGAGCGCCUCGGUGUUCGCCCGCUGCCACCCACUGGUGGACCCCGAGCCCUUCGUGGCCCUGUGCGAAAGUUCUCUGUGCGCGUGCGGCCAGGAGCCCGGGUGCCCGUGUGCUGCCCUGCAGGAGUACGCCCGGGCGUGUGCCCAGCAGGGCCUGGUGCUGUACGGCUGGACUGACCCCAGCGGGUGCCGUCCAGCGUGCCCUGCGGGCAUGGAGUACCAGGCGUGUGUGUCCCCUUGCGCCAGGACCUGCCAGAGCUUGCACAUCCGGGAGGGGUGUUCCGAGGCCUGCGUGGACGGCUGCAGCUGCCCUGACGGGCAGUUUCUGGAUGCAGACCAGUGUGUGGACAGCUCUGAGUGUUCCUGUGUGCAUGCUGGGAAGAGGUUCCCUCCCGGCUCCUCCCUCUCACAGGACUGCAACACCUGCAUCUGUCGGAACAGCCUGUGGGUGUGCAGCAAUGAAGAAUGCCCAGGGGAGUGCCUCGUCACGGGACAGUCCCACUUCAAAACCUUUGACAACAGACACUUCACCUUCAGCGGCAUCUGCCAGUACCUGCUGGCCCGCGACUGCCGCCACCAGGCCUUCUCCAUCAUGAUCGAGACAGUGCAGUGUGCUGACGAUCCCGACGCCGUCCUGCACUCGCGUCAGCUACCGUCCGCCUGCCCCGGCCUGCCCCACAGCGUGGUGAAGCUGAAGCAUGGCGGCAGCGUGGCCGUGGACGGCCAGGACGUGCGGCUUCCCCCUGCUUGCAAG